CCUCCCCCGGGCGGUCCUGCAUGGGGCGGUGCUGCCGGCGGAGCCGGGGCCAGAGCUGGGACCGGGACCGGGACAGCGGCGGAGAGAGGUUAUCGGGAGCGUUAAACCAGGCUCACCUCCUACCUGCUGUGUGCGCUGGAGAGGAGUAUUGACAUGAAAACCAUGGCAGCCAUCAGGAAGAAGCUGGUGAUUGUGGGAGAUGGUGCCUGUGGAAAAACCUGUCUGCUGAUUGUGUUCAGCAAGGACCAGUUCCCUGAGGUCUAUGUGCCCACCGUGUUUGAGAACUACAUUGCUGACAUAGAGGUAGACGGGAAGCAGGUGGAGCUGGCCCUAUGGGACACGGCAGGACAGGAGGACUACGAUCGGCUGCGUCCCCUCUCGUACCCAGACACAGACGUGAUCCUCAUGUGCUUCUCCAUCGACAGCCCCGAUAGCCUCGAGAACAUCCCUGAGAAGUGGACACCGGAGGUGAAGCAUUUCUGCCCCAACGUGCCCAUCAUCCUGGUGGGCAACAAGAAGGACCUGCGCAAUGAUGAGCACACCCGACGGGAGCUGGCCAAGAUGAAGCAGGAGCCGGUGAAGCCGGAGGAGGGCAGGGACAUGGCCAACAGGAUCAAUGCCUUCGGCUACCUGGAGUGCUCGGCCAAGACAAAGGAGGGUGUUCGGGAGGUGUUCGAGAUGGCCACACGAGCAGGUCUGCAGGUCCGCAAGAGCAAGAAGCACAAGGGCUGCCCAUUGCUGUGAGCAGCCGGAGCCAGCACCUGCCCUAACCCUCUGCACCGGAGCUGCCAUAUGAGCCUAUGGGGUGUCCCUGUGAGGCUCCGGAGCCACCAGUGCCUUCAGUACCACUGCUCUCUAUGGGUGUAUCUGCCUGUGUCACCCCAGUCUGUACCCAUCUCCCUGGUCCUGCCUCUCCCAUGGUGAUGGUUGUGGUGUUGAUGCUACAGAGGUGGGGAGGUGCUGCCGGCUGUGCCCAUGGCUCCAGUGUGGGGUCUGCUGGGUCCUCAGGGUGCUCCGGCUGUAGGACAACACACACUGUCCUAUACAGACUGUCCCAGGGCAGCUUCCAGCCCAUCCCCAUGUGCAGAGCUCCUGGACCUGUGCUGGGGCCGCAGCUCAGCCCAGCCCUGCUGGUGACACCUCUUGGGAUGUGCCUUGGUCAGACUGAGCACCAGGAACUGAACUGGGACAAUAAAUACAACCCAGUAUUGUAGUAA